AUGAAGCUUCUAUUCCCAAAGGAGCUUAUUGAUGAGAAUCUAGAAGGAUUCAAGGAGAAAGUGACAAGAACUCUAAAGCUUUUUCCUAAGGCAGUAGUGCCAAGGGACAUUCAUGGAGAGAUUGUCUAUCCAGCUGUGAAUCACCCACCAGAUACUCAUUGCAAGGAGAAAAGACUUGGAGGAUCAAGGAUGCCUCUUGAUAGAAGGAGAAAAAGGUGUGAAAACACAAUCCGCGCCAAAACAUUGGCCGCGGACGCGCAAAAGAUUUUGGCCGAGCAAUUCUCUUCUGGCCGACCGUUACGGUCGAGCCGGGAAGGAAUGGCUUGUGCUCGGCCGGAUUACUUCGCGCGACAGAAACCGUUCGCGCGGCACGCACGAACCGGGAAGAAACGGCCGCGAUCGGCCGAAAUUUUGUAUCGGAACGGACCGACCGUGCCGGUCGAUCCGGGAAACAAACGAUCGGCCUCGGCCGAAAUCUCUCGGCCAAACAAUUUGGCCGACCAAAUCGCUCGACCGCGACAAAUCCAUCGGCCAUCGGCCCAAAAUUUUCUCGGCCAAGGUAAGUCCCCUUUUCAUUAA